ACCGCCCACCCCACGCUUACGUGACGCAGCCGCGGGGACAUAGCGUGAGUGGUGGGUGUCCGCAAAGACACGUUCAGCACGAUGACGCAGUUCAUGACAAUGAGCGUGGCAACCACCAUGACGAAAAUGAGGUACCUGAGGAGUGCGGAGUGCGUGAUGUCACGUCACAGCUCCUCCACUUCCCCUGGCCCACAGAGGGCGCCGCUCGUUCUCUGACCUCACAGACGCACCCCACCCAAAAGGUGGAGAUAGGCUCCUAGCUGCAUCUCCUCUGCGGGGCCAGACGCGCCUCCUGGUCCCCCUCCUCCUCCUCCUACCGCCGGUGGCAGCUAUGAAGGGGACCCCCGGCUCCCUGGAAACUGCUAUGGGUCUACUACUUCCACAACUCCACGGAGCUCCUUCCUCUGGUAGCCCUUUCAGCCCUCGCCUCUGUCUUCUCUGGAACUCGCUGUUGGUGCAGCCCAUGAAUAUCUGAAGCAAAGUUUCAGUGAGCUGAAGUCUCUGGAGCCGCGGGAGCCAAAGAAGCCGCCCGCCCGACGCCCACCCUGGGGCUGGUGCUAAGUGAAGCUGCGGCCAGUGUCGUGAGCUUCGGCGCAACCUUGUUAGAGAUCUUAGUCCUGUGGCUGCAGCAGGAGGUGCGGUGACUAGAUGGCGGCGACGGCAGCUCGGGCCCAGCCCCAGAAGCUGGGGAUCCGGGUGGAGCGCUGGCCCGGGCAGCCCUGGCCGCGGGGCAGGGGCCUCGGCAAGCCGGGGCUGCGGCGGGCAAGAGCGCCCGGCUUUUCCUCCACGGGCCGUGGCUGUGCAUGUGUGGACGCGGAUUGCAGGGAUCCGCCUCCCUCCUGCAACAAUGGCGACGCCAGCUGGGCCUCAACCUCCGGGGAACCGACCCUCCCUGGAGCCGGGAGACAGAAGGACCGAGUCACACCCUGGAAGAAGCUCUGUGCCUGCGGAGGUCUUUCUACCUGCCUGUCCCCAUGCCGCUCCUCCUCCUGCUGCUCCUGCUGCCCAGCCCCUCGCAGCUGCAGUCCAUCUGCGAGGUGUCCACGGUGGCCAGCCAGGUGGAAGCGAACUGUGAAAAUCGGGGACUGAAGGCGCUGCCUCCAGGUCUGCCGGCAGACACAAACAUUCUCCACCUGGGUAAGAACCCCCUGGGCACCUUUUCCACAGCAUCCUUGGUGCCUCUGGCUCGCCUCACUCAGCUGCACCUGGGUGGAAGCCAGCUCAUUGGCCUGCAGCCUGAUGCCUCACUAAAGCUGCUGGAGAACUUGGAUAUAUCCCACAAUGAGCUGAAAAGCCUGCCCUUGCUGGGACGGGCACUCCCGGCACUCAGCACCCUGGACGCCUCCUUCAACAAGCUGGCCUCAUUGUCUCCUGGUGCCCUGAGUGGCCUGAGCCAGCUCCAGGAGCUCUACCUGCAUGGCAAUAACCUGAACACUCUGCCCCCCGGGCUCCUGGCACCCACGCCCCGGCUGAAGAAGCUCAAUCUAGCUGACAACAAACUGAAUGAGCUGCCCCCUGGACUUCUGGAUGGGUUGGAGGAACUCGACACCCUCUUCCUACAAGGGAAUUGGCUGCACACAAUCCCAAAGGGCUUCUUUGGGGACCUCCUCCUGCCUUUUACUUUUCUCCACAACAACCCCUGGGAAUGCAACUGCGAGAUCCUUUAUUUCACUUUCUGGCUGCAGAACAAUGCCAACAAUGUCUACUUAUGGAAGGAAGGUAUGGAUGUCAAGGCCAUGACCCCUGAUGUGGGCAGCGUGCGAUGUGUCAAUAUGGGAAGCAAACCUGUAUGUGAAUAUCUAGGGAAGGAAUGCUCCUCCUUCCGUGAUGCGGGUGGCAUAGACGACUACGAUGACUAUGACGAGGAGGACCAUGAGGGUGACAAGGCGCCUUCUGCAAGGGCCGUGGUCAGCUUCUCUGCCAACAUGAAAGCCCCCACCGCCCACUGGGGCCCACUUCACUCAGAAUUUACUGCUUUCCCAUACAGCCAGGUGCUCCCAACCCAAGAGUCCACCAAGACACAGAUCAUAUUCUCACCCACCCCAGAGCCCACCACAACCUGGACCACCCCAGAGCCCACCACCCCAACCACCCCAGCGCCCACCACCCUAGAGCCUACCAGUCAGACCACCCCAGAGCCCACCAACCAGACCACCUCAGAGCCCACCACCCCAACCACCCCAGAACCCACCACCCUAGAGCCCACCAAUCAGACCACCCCAGAGCCCACCAACCAGACCACCCCAGAGCCCACCACCCAAGAGCCCACCACCCCAGAGCCCACCACCCCAAGGCCCACUAACCAGACCACCCCAGAGCCCACCACAACCUGGAUCACCCCAGAGCCCACCCCAACCCCAACCCACCUAGAAUCCAUCCCAAUCCUGACCAUGUCAGAACCAACGACAUUCUUAAAUACUGCCCCAGAACCUGCAGCCCCAACUACCUCAGAAUCAACCAGAUUCUUAACUACCACAGAACCCACCCCAUUCCCUACUACCCUAGAAGCCACCACAGUGAUCAUCUCUAAAUUUGUCAGCCCCCUGAAGGUCCGUGGGCUGGUCCAAGAGGAUUUGGAUAGCUCCAGAAAUGACCCUCUCCUCAACCCUGACUUUUGCUGCCUCCUCCCCCUCGGCUUCUACAUCUUGGGUGUCCUCUGGCUCCUGUUUGCCUCUGUGGUCCUUAUCCAGCUGCUGACCUGGGUCUGGCACGUGAAGCCACGGGCCCUGGAUUUUGGCCAGUCAGCUGCCCUGGCCACAGACACACACACCACACAUCUGGAGCUACAGAGGGGAAGGCAGGUGACCGUACCCCAGGCCUGGCUGCUUUUCCUUCAAGGGUCACUCCCCAUUUUCCGCUCUAGCCUCUUCCUGUGGGUGCGGCCUAAUGGCCGUGUGGGGCCUCUGGUGGCAGGACGGCGGCCCUCAGCCCUGAGUGUGGGUCGUGGUCAGGACCUGCUGGGCACAGUGGGCAUUAGGUACUCUGGCCACAGCCUCUGAGGGGGGUGAUUUAGGGACCUUGAGAGGCUCUAACAGGUUUUCCUGCUGGGAUCCAGCUGGGAGUGGGUGGGUGGGUAAGGAGCACAGGGCCGGGGGGAGGUCUUAAUUACUUUCCCUUUAUCAGAGCGCCCUUUUCACACCCCAGGCACACAACCUUGGACCUAGCAAAUCCUGAAGGACUUGGCUGGGUCCUGGAAUAAAGCUUCCUAUGCUGGAUGGUGGGGCCCCCAGACUACUAGGUCAUUACCGUUGCUUUUCAGGAGUUUUCAGAAAAGGCAAGUAAGAACAGAACAUGGUUCCCACAUGUGUGUACUGAGGAAAACUUGGAAAGGGAUUUAUGAAAAUGUGAGCUCUGAUCCUCUCUGGGUAGUAUGAAUAUAGGUGAUUUUAUUUUACUUUCCUCUCAUUAGCAACUUCCUAGUUUUCCACCAUCAUAUAUUAUUUGUAUAAUUAAAAAUUUCAAAAAGAACACUUCAUCUCUUUUGGAGGGGUAUGACUGGGGUAGCUGUCACUAGCGUUCUUAGGGCCUCAAGGGUCCCAUCCUAGUUACACUCACCCAAAAAAGCUCCCAUCUUGGCCUGCACCUACCCUGCUUGGUGCACCUUCACCAGGCCACCCCAAGCACCAGCUCCAGCUCCAGAACCGUGUUUCCCUGGGGCGGAACAACACUGCGGAGGCCUACCUACCUGCAGCCUACAGCACUGGGAGUGACGGCAGGUGUCUGACGCCCACACCUGUGGCCUCAGAAAUGCAGCUUCCCACUCUGUCCAGGUCAGUGAGAUGGGAAGAGUGUGGUCCUGCUGAUGUGUACCAUCCUGGUGGGUUGUAUUAAGUCUUGGGUUUUCUGUUGUCCAGCCAGGAUGCAGGCAAACAGAACCCCCUUCUCUGCCCUGGUGCCAUAGAUUCUGCCAUUCCCCUUACCAUGUCGGGUGGGGCUUUAUCUCCUGCUGUGUCUGCAGCCCACACCUAGGCCUGGAGCUCAGAGAAUGGGAGUGAAAGCUGAGUCUUUCUGGCUCCAUGGAGACCCCUGCCUCCAUAUGGUGGGAGAUCUUCCUAACAUGAAAACCUAACCCCCUCUCCUUUGAGGUCUUCCCCAGAAAGAGGACACUCAGAACACUCAAGCUUGGCAAGCAACGACUUCUGUGCACUGACUGACCAACAGUCCAGCUUCAUCUCUCCUAACAGAUACUUCCCACCCUGGGCUCCAUCUACUGCAGACUGCAUAGGCUCUGGCUCCCAGCAUCCCUCUGAGCCUUUGCUCAGCCAGGAGUGCUGUGCUGUCCCUCUUCCUGGACCAGUCUAACUGGUCCUACACAGGUCUCUCCUCCCCCAGGCUAGGCCUGCUGCUCCAUGUUAUCCUGCAUCCGUCUGUUGCUACACUCUUUCCAAACUGCUUCGGUGUCAUCUUCCCCUCUGGACUUGAAACUCCUUAAGGACAAGGUUCAGGCUUCAAGUUUCUUUAAGUGGCCACUAUGGCCCAGGUCAGCAUGUGCGUGGAGGAGGCAAGAAGGCCCAGCAGAGAUGCCAGGCUGCCAAGCUCCACCUCUGCCAAGGGGAUAGCUCCCACCUGCUGCCUGCUCAUCUCCUGGCCCAUCUCCGGAGAAGCCUUUCCCCUUCGGGCCUCAAGCUGCCCAGCCCUCCUUUCAGUUGACCUUCCAGUGCCUCCUGAUGUUUUAGGCUCCUUAAGGACACUGCCUGGGAAUCACAGAUCUUCUAAAGAAAGGCUGAGGCAGUCACUCUUCCCAGCCUAGGCCCACAUAAAGUCUCCAGCCAACACCCUCACUUUUCUCAAGCUUCCAGGUUUUGGGACAGGGGGAUUGUGUGUGUGUAUGUGUCCCACCCCCACCAGGUCAGCCUUCCCUUCUAGAGACUCUUAUUCCCUCCUCUUUAGGCUGCAGAAGCAGUCACCAGACCCCAGAGGCCUUUCCUGAGGAUUACACAGAA